UUAUCGGUUUCACAUUUCUUUGACCGCAAGAAACGUAUGUCCGAUCAGAUUCUUCGUAGCAGAGAGGAUUUAGCCGAGAUGGGCGUCCCGUUGCUAGGCUGUAUAGCUGAAGAGAAACUGGUUUUGCCAGAGAAACCAGCCCAAGAAUUCAAGAUUGUGUUUCUUGAGCCUCCAAAAAGGCACCGGUCUUGCUUCUCAGUGCUAGUGAGCAUCGUAGGACUACCUCUAUAUCUCCCCCGGCGGCUCACUAUUCCCGUGAUUUGCGAAGAAAAAUGGUCAAGGCCUUGCGCGGUGGUAUCCACAGCCAUCGCGCCUGUUCUACUAACCGAACUCUACUGUUCUCAUUACAGCGGAUCCCAAAGAAACCUAUUCUUGUACAUAAUUUCAGGAUCUAUCGGGCUAAUCCUCGGUAUCUUAGCAUACUUGACGACAGAAAAAUCACAUCCGCCGAAGAAAUUCUCAUUAGUUUGGCUUCUCGGAGGCUUCACAAUGAGUGUGACAUGGACAUACAUCAUAGCACAAGAGCUAGUCUCUUUGUUAAUAUCCUUAGGGAAUAUCUUUGGGAUUAGCCCUUCCGUGCUAGGACUAACCGUCCUAGCUUGGGGCAAUUCUUUAGGCGAUCUAAUCGCCAAUGUGACCGUGGCGAUCCACGGAGGCAACGACGGUGCGCAGAUAGCACUUUCGGGUUGCUAUGCAGGUCCACUAUUCAACACGGUAAUUGGACUAGGCGUGCCACUAGUUAUUUCCUCAUUGGGCGAAUACCCUGGGGUCUACAUCAUUCCUAGUGACAAUUCGUUGCUUGAGACACUAGGAUUCUUAAUGGUAGGCUUGCUUUGGGCACUUGUGAUAAUGCCAAAGAAGAAGAUGAGACUUGAUAAGCUUGUCGGUGGCGGCCUACUUGCAAUUUACCUCUGUUUCUUGUCCUUGAGAUUGGCUAGGGUUUUCGGAGUCCUCGAUAUCGACCGAUGAAAAUUUGAAGUAUUGUAAUUUUUUUUAAGUUUUGUUUUGGGUUGUUUUUGUAAUAGUUAAAGUAAAAGUUGCAAAUAGAUCAUAAUCUGUGGUCCCUUGAUUUUAAGAAAACGUUGUGAAUACUAAUGAGAGGGAUGGCCAAAUUUGUUUGUUGCUGAA